UCGCCCUUUUCCAACCUCCUCAGUCCUCCUCGCUUCCUCUCCCUUCUCUCAGACACGCCCAAACCCACCUCAGAUUACGAUUUCUCCUGUCUCCGGCAUGGCCACUGACCCGCCGGAGGGUUACGGAGACGAUUUCCUUGAGCAAAUUCUCGCGAUUCCUUCUUACAACAUCGCCGGAUGCUUGCCUACUGGUAAUACUUCCGAUGCUGCUGCUUCUGAAACGGUAUCUGUUCAUCAUCAACAACAGCAGCAGUCUGUGUUUCCGUUAGGUUUGAGCUUAGAUAACGGCCGUGAAACCAUCGGAGCGUUUACAGGGGGGCAGCAGCAGCAGCAGCAGCGUGAGAGAGGAGGGAACAUGAACAUGGGUGGUUUGUUUCCUCCAUUUGAAAAUUUGCAGUCACACUCGCUGCUACAUACUGUUCCCCAGGCUUUUCAAGGGCAACCAACUACCAGUACAGCUGUAACUGUGCCGCAUCCACCUACAAUUCGCCCUAGGGUACGAGCUCGACGAGGACAAGCCACAGAUCCCCAUAGCAUAGCUGAACGGCUACGCCGAGAAAGAAUUGCGGAAAGAAUGAGGGCUUUGCAGGAACUUGUUCCCAGCUGCAACAAGACGGAUAAGGCUGCUAUGCUUGAUGAAAUUUUGGAUUAUGUCAAGUUCCUACGGCUUCAGGUCAAGGUUCUUAGCAUGAGUAGGCUGGGUGGAGCUGGGGCAGUCGCACAACUUGUAUCCGAUGUCCCAUUGCAAUCCGUUGAGGGGGAUGCCAGUGAAAAUGGAUACAAUCAACCCGCUUGGGAAAAUUGGUCAAACGAUGACACAGAACGUGAAGUUGCAAAGCUCAUGGAAGAAGAUGUUGGAGCCGCCAUGCAAUUCCUCCAGUCGAAAGCUCUAUGCAUCAUGCCGAUAUCACUUGCUUCACUAAUCUACCCUACCCACCAACCCGACACCAAUUCUCUGGUUAAACCAGAACCAUCUGCACCAUCAUAGACCUCUAAUCCGUUGCACGUGCCUGCAAAACUCCUGUCAACCGUUAUGUUUCAUCUGUUGGAUUAUAUAUAUAUAUAUAUAUAUAUAUAUCAUAAUUAGUACCUUUUUACUCUUUUAUGGUCAUUUGUGGCAAUGUGAUGUUACUCAUAUGCCACAAGUUUUGCUCCCCAUCCCCAAAAUCUCCUGUUUUCUCUUUAUUUAACCUUGUAAAAUGAAGGGAGGAGAUAUGAUGUUUGUGUGAAUUUCUUGUUUUUGUUAUGGGAUUGUGGGGAUUUGAUUUAAUUAUGCUACUAAAAUGUAUUUUAAGAAAAUAUUUGACAUGGAUAA